UGAGAAUCCCCCUCCAUUGACCAUUCAUACAGCGCAAUCUUCUUUGAAUUACCUAGAAAUAUUGAUUUAAAAAAAUAAUUAAAAGAAGAAGAAGAAGCAGCUGUGACUUCAACAUUUUGAUUGAAGUUUUGGUGGGAGGCGUGAAGAACUGAGUGAUUUAUCAUUGUAUAUGGCCGGAAAAGAGGAAGAGAAGAAAUUAGAGGAAUGCUCUGUUUCAAAUGCUUUGGGGACAUGGGUUUUCUCAGUGGCGGGUGCUCUGAUAGCGAUCCCUGUUGGGAUUAAAAGGAAGUCUCUGGCGCCCCUUGUGUUCUUUGGCACGACAGGCACAAUGCUCGACAUAAUCAUGGGGAUCAAUGCUUGUGAGAGGGAGCACGCAGAGCGCCAGAUGAAGCUCUUGGAAGCGCAGAAUGUUGCAGCAGUUGAUGAUGCUACUGCUGCUGAAUCUUGAUGCAGCUCCUCCUUCUUCGUCGAUUCCUCUAGUGUCUGUUGCAAGUUGGUUUGACAUCCACUGAUUGCCAUUCUCAAGUUCAAUAAUGGAACUUGCUCUCCUCUCUCUCUCUCUCUCUCUCUCUCUCUCUCUCUCUCUCUCUCUCGUUUGCAUAACUUCUCUGUAUCUUAGGGAGCUGAGACCUUUUUAUGUGCAGAAACUCAAUUAACUUGAUGCAUCAUUUACCGUGGUGAUCGUUCUUGGAGUAUUAUUUAAUGUGGAUUAUAUAUACAAAUUACUCAACUCA